AUGGCCUCUUCGUCUUCUUUUUCUUCUGCUGAUGCUGCUUUGGAGAUCUUAGUAUCGUGUGCUCAUGCAAUUGAAGAUGGGAAUUUGAAAAUUGCCGAUUCAUUCCUGCACCAGAUCUGGAACACUGCUGCUGUAGAACUUGACCUCAUAAGCAAACUCGUGAGAUACUUUGCUGAAGCUCUAGUUCGGCGAGCUUACGGUCUGCAUCCUCCUUAUUAUACCCAUUCGAAUCUGCAAAUACCUCAUCCACUGUAUUACUAUUAUUAUUACUCAAGGUUUGAUAUUAAUGAAAUGGUGGGAGAAGCCAUCGAAAGUGCCACGACAGGAAAGAAGGGAUUUCAUCUUAUUGAUUUCCACAUUCCGCAUCUGUACGGAAGGGGAUACUUGUUCAAGACACUACCGAAUCGCUCCAGCGAUCCCUUGUCGGUCCGUAUAACCGUCGUAUUACCAACUUUUCUGAAAAAUACCGUCGAUUUCCAAGAAGAAAUGGAGUAUUUGACUGAAGCGGGUAAGCUAUUGAAAAUAGAGUUGAAGAAGGAAGAUCUGAGAGUUGUUUACGCUAAUAGUUUGGGAGAAGUGGAUGAAUCUACGUUGGAUUUGAGAAGAACAAACGAUGAUGAGGCUUUGGUGGUUUAUUAUAACUUCAAAUUUCAUACACUGUUGGCAGAGGCAGAAGCAAUGAAGAAAGAAUUGAUCAAAUUGAGGCAGCUAAAUCCAGAAAUUGUGAUCAUGCAAGAACAAUACGCUAACGAUAACGACGGGAAUUUCAUCAAACGCUUGGAGUACUCUUUUCGAUAUUACUCUAACUUUUUUCAAUAUUAUUCUAAUCUUUUCAAAUCUGGGAAACCUCUGGGCUACAAUACAGCUAAAUAUUAUAUGAGACAGAUUCAUAACAUUGUGGCAUGUGAAGGCAGGGAUCGAAUUAUGCGACACCAGAGUUUGGAUGAAUGGCGAGAUCUGUUGUUAACAGCGGGCUUUCUUCAAAUUCCAUUCCAGAAAGAUGUUGAGAAUUUACAUGCUCUGUAUUGGGUAGAGGAAAUCAAGGAGGAAAAAGGGUGCUUGGUUUUAAGUCAUAAGGAUUGCCCAAUCUUGUUCGUAUCAUGUUGGAGACCCAGAGCUGGAGAGGAGCAUUUCAAAUUCAAUCUAAACAGCAAUAAUUUAGGGCAAGGUACUUUAUCUUGA